ACAUGCCCCUCUAGAGUCGGCUGUCUGAAAACUCUGCCAGCUCUUCAGGCGUCCCCUCUCGACCCGGUGACAUGGCAAGGCUGCGGGUGUGGAGCGGAAAAGCAUCAGUACCUAGUAACACGAGAGAUAUGCCCUACCAGGUAUCAUCGGAAGGGGGAUGUCGACGCCCAUGUCUCCUCCGCGGCUCCAAUAACAAUAGUGGACCCCGCGCGAUGACCAUCUCUUUGCAAGCGCCCUCUUACCCUGUACCACUUGGGGGGCAGAAGCGGAACUCGAAACAAUCCCGAUGCAGUCACGGGCGCUGUGGGCACUUUUAUGCCUGGGCGGGUAGCCGGGCAAGGCGCACUCGAAGGACAGUCAGGGUCGUGACAGUGAGGACAUAACGGGGCAACCGAGCAGUUGACAUGGCGCCGGUGGUGGACGAA